GUUUAAACUGUAAAGUAAAAACAGUAAAAAAUUAUUAUUGUUUUUCUUUUUAAAUAAUACAUGUAAUUAUACUGCAAAACUAAUAGGAAAAAGAAUAGGAAAAGGAAUCGACCUCGAGGUCAUGAACGCAUAAAUUAACGUUUCUGCAUUUGACUCUGAGAGCAUAGGUCGUAAUUUAGAUAUAUUUUAAGACGGAAAAAUCUUUGAAAGAUUGCUAUCAAAGAGCACAGCUCAGGUGUUAGACGGUGUUGUGUCAUCUGUAUUAUCAGUAUGUGUAACACCUUUCUUUUAAUGCUAUAAAUGCAGUGAGUGGUGAGUUCAUAAGUUUAAUGAAAUGCAUGCGCCAUUCUGGAGAUGUGAGUCAGACUGUCAAUAUAAAAUACCCUGUGAACACGCUUGAGAUCAUAUAGGGGAGUUUCCCUUGUAGUUUUUUUUUCUGCAACGACGUUUCCGUGUUCUCGAAGUACUCAACAUUUCCUUGAAGAACCCACCUGUUUACCCGUUCAGUCGUGAUCGCUGGAUAAGACAAGUUGACAUUCAUGCCCGAAAGGACUUCAUUCAUGAGAGGAAGCGGGACCGUACACGCACCUCCAGACUUCUAGGAGCAUUUGAAGCGCCUCUCGCCGGUAGGGUCUGUAGUCUGAGCGCAAGGCUCUUGAGGAACUCAAAGCAUCAGGUUUAGCAGGUGCAUUGUGUGAACUUCUCGGGAGUGUCAUUCUCGUAAGAGCAGCAGUGCCACUAUGAGUCAAUGGAAACAAAUCCAGCAACUGGAUAUUAAGUUCCUUGAACAGGUGGACUAUUUUUAUGAUGACAACUUUCCAAUGGAGCUGAGGCAGGUGCUGGCCAACUGGAUUGAAACCCAGGACUGGGAAACAGCUUCAAACCAUGAAUCUAUGGCUACUGUACUCUUCAAUAACUUCCUCAUUCAACUGGAGAGGCAGUGUUCUCAGGAGCAGAACUUUCUUCACAGACACAACCUAAAGAGAAUAUUUCAUCAAAUACAGGGAAAAUACAAGGCGAAUCCUCUGCACAUGGCCACUGUCAUCUGUAACUGCCUGAGGGAAGAAAGACGCAUCUUAUCUACAGCCAGCAUGGAGGAACAGGGGCCACUGGAGAAGUCAAUGCAAAGCUCAGCUGCCUUGGAGAAGCAGAAAGUUCUUGACAACAAAGUGGCAAUCAUAAGAAGCAGCGUUCAGAUGCUGGACCAGGCUGUGAAGUAUCUUGAGGACAUGCAGGACGAUUUUGACUUUCGCUACAAAACACUCCAACUUCGAGAUCCAGUUGAGAGAAAUUCUUUGUCCAUGAAGCAAGAAGUCACUACACUUCAGGAAAUACUGAAUCGCCUGGAUUUCAAAAGAAAGGAGAUUUUGUCAAAGAUUGCAGAUGUUAUAAAGGAAAUUGAUGCCCUGAUUUCCUCCCAGCUCAACCCUGAGCUUAAGGAAUGGAAACGGAGGCAACAGAUCGCCUGCAUCGGAGGACCGGUUCUGAUAGGACUGGACCAGCUCCAGAACUGGUUUACCCUGACAGCCCAGAGUCUUUUCCAGAUUAAAAGACAGCUAGACAAACUGGGUGAGCUGAUCCUGAAAGUCACUUACGAGAGUGAUCCAAUCCCUCUCCAGAGACCUCAGAUGGAGGAGCAAGUCAAAUACCUCAUCUAUCAUCUCAUUAAAAGCUCAUUUGUGGUGGAGAAGCAGCCCUGCAUGCCUACACAUCCCCAGAAACCUCUAAUCAUCAAAACACAGGUGCAGUUUACCACCAAGGUCAGAUUACUGGUCAAGUUACCUGAGGUGGAUUAUCAACUCAAAGUCAAGACAACAUUUGAUAAAGACCUUCCACCAGGCAAAGUGAACAGACAGUUCUUCAUCCUCACCCACAACACCAAAGUGAUGGACGUUGAGGAGUCUACUGGAUGUCUUUCUGUAGAAUUCAGGCAUCUGCAGCUGAAAGAGAGAAAGUGUCCUACUGGAGGAAAAGGAAAUGAGGGUCCCCUGUCAGUAACAGAGGAGUUACACUCUCUUAAUUUUGAGGCCAUGCUGAUGUUACAGGGCCUGGAUAUAGAUCUUGAGACUUGCUCCCUGCCCCUGGUGGUCAUCUCAAAUGUCAGUCAGCUCCCAGGGGGCUGGGCCUCCGUCAUGUGGUACAACCUUCUAACUGACGACCCCAAGAACCUUGGAUUCUUCAGUAACCCUUUGCGGGCAAGUUGGAGUCAACUCUCAGAGGUACUUAGCUGGCAGUUCUCAAGUUUUGCAGGCCGAGGACUCAACAAGGAGCAGCUUAACAUGCUGGGAGAUAAACUCCUGGGUCAACAUGCUUCUUAUAAUGACUGCCAGGUUUCUUGGUCCAAGUUCUGGAAGGAAAACAUUCCUGGCAAGUCAUUUAGUUUUUGGCUGUGGCUGGACUCGAUCCUGGACCUUAUUAAGAAACAUUUACUUCCUGUUUGGAUUGAUGGUUACAUAAUGGGAUUUGUGAGUAAAGAGAUGGAGCGCGCCUUGCUGAAGGAAAAGGAGCCAGGGACAUUCCUGCUACGCUUUAGUGAAAGUCACCUUGGAGGAAUCACCUUCACCUGGGUUGAGCAGGAUGAAAAUGGAGACCCAAAGUUCAUCUCUGUAGAGCCGUACACGAAAAACCGUCUCAACGCCUUGCCCAUUGCUGAUAUAAUACGGGACUAUAAAGUCAUUGCAGAUGGUGUUGUCCCAGAGAAUCCUCUGAAGUUCCUUUAUCCUGACAUCCCGAAGGAUGAGGCUUUUGGGAAACAUUAUAACAGCCAGCAAAACAAAGUUUGCCCUUACAUUCAGACACAGUUAGUUCCGAUUUCCCAUCGGAAUGGUCCAGUCCAAAAUGCAUGUUCCUCUCCUGAACCCCCCAUGUCUCCUGGAAUGUUUGAAAUUAUCACCCAGCACCUCAGUCCCUUUGAGUUUGAAAGCGCUAUGAGUUCACCCUAGAAAGGGCAACAGCCACAUUUCGUUUGGAUCCAAGAUUAUAGAUGCGUUCAAAGAUUCUCAUCUCUUUAUUUUAGCUUCUUUUGUUGUUCUUCACUUUUCUGGCUCUAUGCCACUACAGUGGAUCAUGUCAUUUUCAUUUGCUGACAGAGAGUGUAUAUUCAAAAAUACUGUCAGUUUGAAGAUGUAUCAUAUGUAUUAUUAAUGUCAUAAUUCUAAAUUGCAGCAAUUUAUUUCUUAUUUACAAUAUAUGACUAGUCUCAACUACCUGUAAAAUUCAGAUUUGACCAAACCUUAAUCUGCCUUAAUUUUAUAACCAUUUUACUGUUUAUGUAUAUAUAAAAAUUAUUCUUUUUUAAAUAAAGAAUUUCAUGGUUUAUCUAUGGUAUUAGUAGUAGUAGUAGUAGUAAUACAAUAGUAAUGUGCACUCUUAAAAUACAAUGCAAUAUAUUGGCACACUGAGUUGGAAUUGUGGUUGUUCACAUUAUGAGGAUGGAAAUGUUGUUGAGUGGGCGGCAGCCAGCAUGUUACAUGUAACAUGGGAGAAGUUUUCACCCACAUUUUUCCUGUCAGCAUAUGUGAAGUGUUUGCAUAGUAGAAUCCAGUAAUUUAGAGCUAGAAGUAGGAAUCUAAUCAUGAUUUCCUUUAUAGUAUGUAGAUAUUAACCUUUAUAAACAGAAAACUUCCAUUAAAGUCUGUGAUCAGAUGCA